AUGGACGGUGUAGUAUUUGCCCCGGACCUCACCAAGCCCGAUGUUCUGGUCCUACGCAAUCUUGCUGCCGACAUUCGAGCUGCAUCGACUGUAGGGCAAGUAAAAGGACAACGCCAUCAAAACGCCUGUCCGCCAGCAGGCAACGGCUCAGCGCAGGCGGCUACCGAAGAAGUGGCCUCGCAAGUCGGGUCCAGCGAUGCGGAGACACUGGCUACGCUGAGCGCCAUGAACGACCCAAAGGAUGCUCUGUUUGAGCCAACCGUUCUCAUUGGCACCGACAUCAACGAUAUCCGGCUGCCUACUCUUCUCGACCGCUGGGUCUUGCGUCCCUAUGUUCGCAUGGCCCGGUCAGUGGCCCGCGUUGACACGGACGUAGUCAUGGUAACGCAUCUCUUGCUCUACUUUGCUACUUCCGUCCCGAGCGCCGCCCUGCUCUUCUGGCAUUUCACCUGUGUCCACGGCGUCCUUCACUUCAUCAUGCAGGUCAGCUAUGUGGGCACCUACACGCUCAUGAUGCAUCAGCACAUACACAUGCGCGGCAUUCUCCGGCGGCAGUUCUGGCUGUUCGACAUGCUGUUUCCGUACAUCACUGAUCCGCUGAUGGGCCAUACCUGGAACUCGUACUACUACCACCACGUGAAGCACCAUCAUGUGGAAGGCAAUGGACCCCAAGAUCUUUCUUCCACUGUCAGGUACCAGCGCGACAGCCUUCUACAUUUUCUGCACUAUACUGGGCGCUUUUUCUUCUUCAUCUGGCUCGACUUGCCAUUGUACUUCCUGCGCAAGGGAAGGCCGUAUCUCGCUGGCAAGGUGGCGUUUUGGGAGAUUGGAUACUACGGGGUGCUGUACGCGCUAUCUCGCUUCAACCAUCGCGCCACGCUUGUUGUGUUCCUACUGCCUUUGCUGCUGCUCCGAUCUGGUCUGAUGCUAGGCAACUGGGGGCAACAUGCCUUUGUCGACCAUGAUGAGCCAGACUCGGAUUACCGCUCGAGUAUUACAUUAAUUGAUGUGCCUAGCAACCGCUACUGCUUCAACGACGGUUACCACACCUCGCAUCAUUUAAAUCCGCUUCGGCAUUGGCGCGAACAUCCUGUGUCUUUUAUUAAGGACAAGAACCUCUACGCAGCGCAGCAAGCCCUCGUGUUUCAUAACAUUGACUAUCUUAUGAUCACUGUGCGGCUACUGAUGAAGGAUUACCACACACUUGCGAAAUUACCAGAUGUGUACUAUGAUGGUACAUGUGCCACCCGCCCGCCAUAG